GCUAAUGCUAUGUUAUACAUGAGAUGCUCAGUUGCAGUGCAGCUUCCGACCAAAUGGUGGCGGUAAUGUGUCAGUGAGUUGUUUAAACAAGGUCACAGACGAUCAGAAGAAGACAUUCAACUAACAACUCGCAAUGGAGUGACGUUUUUCGAAACGAAAAAUGAAAAACUUCAAAAUGAAGACAAAAGUGGUGCCAGUUCCCUCCAAAAGACUACGUUUUAUGUAACCAAUCCAAGUGACCAUAAUGAGGACAAGCUGAAUAGAAAUUGGAUGAAUUUUGUGCUUAUCUGCCAAUUUGGCCUCUCCGGUUGUUUUUCCUCCAUCACUUCUCUUUUGAAGAUGAGAUGAUAGCGCUGGUAAUUAGCCGUGAGAUGUGUGAGAGGCUCAAGGAGGCCUUAAAGAGUGAGAGAGCGUGCUUGACAGCCAAGCAAAGAUAAUGAACAGAUCCGAGGCCUGCCGUCGUGUCCUGCGCACAAGCGUGAGCCGAGAUGGGGAGCAAAGCUUUGCACGCUCCGAUCCCCCUGCACCCUCCCCUGCAGCUCACUAACUACUCCUUCCUGCAGGCCGUCAACACUUUCCCAGCUGAGCAGCUGCAGGGACUGUACGGCCUGAGCGCGGUGCACACCAUGCACAUGAACCACUGGACUCUUGGCUACCCGCACAUCCAAGGACUGAGAUCGACUAUCACGGAAAUGGCUGCCGCCCAGGGCUUGAUGGACCCCAGGAUUUCAUUCCCGGCUUUGCCCUUCACCGCCGCGGCGCAGCUUUUCCAUCCAAAACAAGCCUCCGUUACGCACGGCAUGCCCUCGCUGCACAAGGACAGGCCGAGGUUCGACUUCGCUAAUCUGGCCUUGGCAGCCACACAGGAGGACCCGCCGAAGGUUGCGGAUUUGGCCAAAUUGGCGUCGGGACUAGGGGGGACCAUAACCGAGCUGAACAAGCUGUCCCCGGACAGGAAACCCACCCGGGGCCGGCUGCCGUCCAAGACCAAAAAGGAAUUUAUUUGCAAGUUCUGCGGCAGACAUUUCACCAAGUCCUACAACCUUCUCAUCCACGAAAGGACCCACACUGACGAGAGGCCGUACACGUGUGACAUUUGCCACAAGGCCUUCAGAAGACAAGACCACCUCAGAGACCACAGGUACAUCCACUCCAAGGAAAAACCAUUCAAAUGUCAAGAAUGCGGGAAAGGAUUCUGUCAGUCUCGAACCCUAGCAGUGCAUAAAACCUUACACAUGCAGGAGUCUCCCCACAAAUGCCCCACAUGCGGAAGAACCUUUAAUCAAAGAAGUAACCUGAAAACUCACCUUCUCACCCAUACAGACAUCAAGCCCUACAGCUGUGGCCGCUGCGGAAAGGUGUUUCGGCGCAACUGUGACUUGCGACGGCACAGUUUGACGCACAGCCCACAUCAGGACUACUAAAACGUGGACAGAAAAAAAAUGAAUAAAUAACACAACAAGAACAAAACAAAAAAAAACAUAUGACAAAUGGACAUAACCCAAGAAGAGGAGUUCAAUGGCAUGGAAAUGUGGAUACUGCAGCACAUUAGGACUUGAUUUUGGACUGCAAGUUUGGACAGCAACCGUGCACAGCACCUGUAAAUAUAAAAAAAAAACGUGUAAAUAAAUAAAGUAGUCUUUUCUGGCAUUCAAAGUUGUUAUCAAAAAAAGUGUGUUAAAUUGCAUUUUAGAAAUAAAUAUUUCCAUUGUA